CUUAUUUAAUGCACAUCUGGUGAAUUUUAAUGUAGGGUCUUAAAAUUGUAAGAACAUAUGAUUAAUUUUGGCCGUUGAAAGUGCAUAAAGUUACAUGCAUGGUUACAAUAAAAAUUGCACUGAUAAUGCCCUGAUAAUUAUUUUUUCGUCUUGCUGUGAAAUGAUGUCUUUUCAUUUGCUCUUAGUUUUUUCUUUUGGAUAUUUUGCUGUUCAAGGUGAUGAACACAUUCUGUCCAGAGUACGUCGUGUAGUUGGGGGAGAGAAGUUAGAGGAGGGAGAGGCCCCGUACCUGACAUUUGUCGGAGGUAACUUUCAGAACGGCCGCAGAAAGCGCAGUAUCUUCUGGUCACGCCCUAGGACCACCACUACAACUACCACCACCAAGAGUCCACCCCUCGGGGAACCGGAACAAUACUGUGCCGGAAGUCUGAUCAGUGACCGAUGGGCACUGACCGCAGCCCACUGUUUUGAUGGCAGAACUCAAAGCGGACAGAGUUUUAAGGAUCCCAGAUUGUGGAAAGUAAAGAUAGGAUCAGUGUCAUUAAAUGAUUUACAGGAAUCAAGAGGGCGUUCAUGGAUUAAUAAACUUAAAGCACGGUGGUUUAAAAACAAUGGAGGUCAAGAUGGAAAGUACGUUGGACUCAAACAAAUAAUUAUACAUCCUGAUUACAAUGAAGACAAUCCAGACGACAGGGGUGACAUUGCAGUAGUAAAACUGGAAGAAGAAAUAGAGUUUGGUCCGAAUGUUCAAAAAAUUAAACUAAACUCAGACCCCCGAUAUCCGCCUGACUGGACGAUUUGUAAAGCCCAAGGGUGGGGCUGUACCAGACCAGAUGGGCCUAGAAGUGACAUUGCCCGAUCUGCGACUCUGCCUAUAUUCGAUUCAGAUAGUUGUGCGCAAUCAUUUGACAUAAAUCUUAAUAUUUGCGCUGGAUUCUUUGACAGGGGAAGAGGCAUUUGUUUGGGUGACAGCGGAGGACCUCUUCUCUGCAAAAGAGACGGGGAAUUAGUUCAAGUCGGAGUCGCCUAUCUCGCAAACCCCGAGGAUCCGGCAAAUAACCCGUCAAUAUACGUGCGCGUGUCGUCAUACUUGGAUUGGAUAAAAAGACAGACUGGAAUAUAACAAUUUUCUAAGGCUUCUAAGGCUGUUAUAGUUGGUAUAUGUACAGGAACCAACCAAUGAUUAAGUCAGCAGAAACACCUCCUCACCGUUCCUUUGGACUUUCAGAUAAUUACCAUGGAAUCAUUUGAUGGCAACAAAACUAAAUAAUAAAAAACUGUAAAUAGCGUGUUCUGAAACAUUUGUUUGAGCAUUACCAAUGUAACAUUAAAUUAAGUAUUUUAAUUAAUUUAGAAAAAGCUUUGAAUAUGUUUAUGCUGAUAGUCUAACUCUCUCAGUCUCGUCACUUAUUUUUGCAGUAUUUCCACUUAAAUUGUCAUGUACAAUAUAA